AUGUAUGUCACCUUAACCCAAGAAUCACACGAUCACCCAGAAAACUUUAGGAUCAAUUAUCAAGCCUCUAAUAAAAUUUUAGGACCUAUUGCAAAAGUUCCUCAAAAUGAUGCUUUGCCCAUAAUUGAAACAUCUUCAAAAGUAUUUACCCUCGGGGCAGGUUUGGGUGGAAUGGCAAGUGCAAUCUAUACAAUGGAUAAACUAAAAGAACAAGAUAUCCAAAUCUUCGAAAGGCAUGAUAAUUUUGGAGGUACUUGGUAUGUCAAUACCUAUCCUGGUGUUGCAUGUGAUAUUCCAGCUUUAUGGUAUUCCUUUUCAUUCGCUUUGAAUUCGAAUUGGUCCAGAGUUCAACCACCUGGAUAUGAGAUGGAAGAAUAUAUCUUGAUGAUUGCCGAGAAAUACAAACUAGCAGAGAAAACUAGAUUCAAAACAACUGUUGAGAGUUGUGUGUAUAAUGAUAAAGAUGGAAACUGGACAAUUAAUGCUCGAGAUGUAGAAACGGGAAAAAAGUUGAUCCAUACAGCUAACAUUGUACUUACAUGUCAAGGUGGUCUAGUUCAACCAAUUCACCCAGAUAUCGAUGGCUUGGACACGUUUAAAGGAACAUACAUGCAUUCAGCCCUUUGGGAUCAUUCAGUAUCUUUCAAGGAUAAGAGAAUUAUUGUACUUGGAAAUGGAUGUUCUGCCAGUCAAGUUAUUCCACCACUUUUGUCAGAGCACUAUGGAGCAAAAUCAAUCACGCAGAUUUUUAGAUCCAGACAAUAUUACAUGCCUCCUCUUCCAAAGUUUCUAUUUGCAGCAUAUAAAUUAUUAUCAUUCAGUUGGAUUGGAUUGAAAUUAGUUCGUUUGGUUGCAAUUACUAUUGCUGAAAUGAGAAUGCCACUUUUUAAAGGCAAUGGGUAUAUUUCAAUGUUUCUCCGUUGGAUGCAUAAGCGUACUUCCAAGAGAUAUGUUGAAAAAUAUGCUCCUAAAAAGUUCCACGAAUUGCUUAUUCCGGAAUUUAAAGCUGGUUGCAAAAGAUUGGUGUUUGAUAACUAUUAUAUGCCAUCAUUAAAUGAUCCUAGAGUAUCUCUUAUAGAAGAUCGUGUUAAGUGUUGUGUUGAGGAUGGUCUUAUUCUUGAGAAUGGAGAGCAUAUAAAAGCUGAUAUUAUUGUCGCUUGUACUGGGUAUGAUGUUGAAAGAAGUUUCCAUAAUUAUGAACUUAUAGGUCGCGAUCAGACAAAUAUAGGUGAUCUUUGGGCAAAAGAGUGUCCAAGCGCUUAUAGAACGGUUAUGGUUCGAGACUGUCCUAAUUUAUUCAUGAUAGUUGGACCCAAUGGAGCAACUGGACAUUCCUCAGUAGCUAUGGCUAUUGAGAAUAGUCUUGACUAUUAUGUUAAGACAUGUAAGCCAAUUAUUGAAGGUAAAAAGAAAUCGGUUGUGGUAAAGACAGAGGUGUAUUAUAACUGGUUUAAGACAAUUCAAGCUGAAUUAAAAAAGUCUGUAUUUGGAACAGCUUUUGGUGGAUGUGUUUCUUGGUAUGCCAAUGAAAAGGGUAAUUGUACAGUAUUCCCAUGGUCCCAGAUAAGAUAUUGGUAUUGGACUCAUUUCCCAAAUUACAAAGACUUAGAGUAUGAGGACCAAGAACAGAAGAAAACUAUUUAA